GGUUUUGGAAACUUUGGAAGGUUUUUUACAAGAGUUAUAAUCUGGGAAUGGGAAAUGGCGUCAAAAUCGUUAGAUACGUUUUGUGGAACUUGUGAAAGAAGAAGUAGAAACACAAAAGCAGUAAAGUACUGUACAGAUUGUGAGGACGGAUUCUGUUCAGAAUGCUUAGAUUUUCACGAAAACAUGAAGGUUGCCACGUCCCAUCAUAUAAUAGAUAUAAAAGUAGUUGACGAAAUAACAUUCAAUAUAAGCAAAUUCUGCAAAGUUCAUUCCGACAUGGCUUUAGAAUAUUUUUGCUCCGAUCAUGAUACACUGUGUUGUCGGUCUUGUAUGGCUAGUGAUCAUCGAGCAUGUGACAAGCUACUUCCAAUUGAAGUUGCUGCUAAAGGGGUCAAAAGUUCAGCAAUGUAUGAAGAAAUUGUCACUGAUGUCGGUACGCUAAAUGCCGCUAUAAUAGAGCUUGGGGACCAAAGGGAGAAAAAUAUAUCAUCUCUUGAUAAUAGCAAGGUGACUGUACAACAAGAGGUGCAGUAUUUUCAAAAGAGUUUACAGACACGCAUUCAAGAAGUUGGAGUGGCUUUAAUGAGUGAAAUAGACAAAGUUCAUACUGACCUCUCAGAUAAAGCAAAAGGUGACAUGGACAAGAUAUGUGAUCGCAAAAAACAUAUACAAAAUAUUUCUGAACAGUUUGAAUCUGUGUCAAAACACGGAUCUGAUAGUCUGAUAGUCAAAUAUUCAUGUUGA